CAGUACACCAUCAACUGCAGCCAGCCUGUCAGCGAUAAGAUCUUUGAUCUGUCUGCCUUUGAGAAGUUCCUCCACGAUCGCGUCAAGGUCGAGGGCCGCACCGGCAACCUCGGCGACGACGUCAGCAUCUCCCAGGUUGGAGAUGGCAAACUCGAGGUGGUCACACACAUUCCUUUCUCGGGUCGCUACCUGAAGUACCUGACAAAGAAGUUCCUCAAGAAGCAACAACUCCGUGACUGGCUCCGUGUUGUAUCUACGAGCAAGGGUGUCUACGAACUGCGAUUCUUCAACGUGGUCAACGACGAGGGUGAUGAGGAUGACGAAUAG